AUGCCGGUUUUGGUCGAUGCAGGUUGUGGCACCGGCGAGUCAACCUAUGCUUUGGCCCGGGAGCAUCGAGAGUCUUGGGUCGUGGGUAUCGAUCGUUCGGCGCAUCGCCUGUCGCGCCCAAAAGGCGCCAAUGGCCAGGGCGAGAGGCCCGACAAUGCACUGAUGAUACAGGCUGAUCUGGUUGGUUGGUUGCAGCUUGCUGCGCUAGGUCGGUGGCAAUUUGACGGGAUCUACUUGCUUUACCCCAACCCUUACCCAAAGCCGAAGCACCUGCAGAGGCGCUGGCAUGCACACGGCAUCUUUCCGACAUUGCUGGCCCUCACUUCGGCGGUUGAGCUGAGAACAAACUGGCGAAUCUACGCUGAUGAGCUUGUCCAGGCGCUGCGCCGGUAUGAGCUUGACUCGACCGUAGCCAGGUAUAAGCCCGACCGUCCAGUAUCUCCCUUUGAGCGCAAGUACCAAGCGAGUGGCCACGAGUUGUUCAAGGUUACGGCCGAUACCCGGGCGGUGACGAUGAUAGACAUCGCUUGUAAAAUGUCAUUUCGCCCACCUGGGUAG